ACCAAAAGAAACAAUUAAGUGACUAGAAUUGUUUCAAAUGUUUUAAGCUAGUGGUAAGCUUAGCUAUCAAAAGGGAUUUUCAAAUAUUGGUCAUGAAUCUUUGAAUGCAGUUUAGCAUUUUAGGCAAACUUAAUGAACUCUUUAAUACAAAAUAUGAAUGUUAUACGUUUGUGGUAACCAUAUGCUAACGAAACAAUACAAUAUGAAAAAAAGAAACGUUUUAGAAAAAGAAUGUGUACUAACCUUCUACAAAACCUUUUCUUACUUCUUUUAAUAUUUCAGAAUGGCCUUAAACGCACUUUUGACCUCAAAGCCCCCAACGCCCUAUUUUCGACCCCCCCCAAUCCACCUAUGUGUGGUGUUGCUGGUGGAGCAGCCCAGGGUGGUGGCCUGGGAGUUCGACUCCAAUGGUGCGAGACCGGCAAACACCAAAAUGAAUGUUUUGGCCGCACUCUCCGACGGAAAGUCAGUGGCCAAAGUCACAAUAUUUCAGGAAUUUGCCAAACGUAUCAAGGAAGGUGGCAGUUAUAACAUUAAGGGGCUUUCAUUGAGAGGGCAGUCUCCCCCAUACCAAUUGAACAUUACUAAAGACACCCUGUUUUUCAGAAGCGCUCCUAUAGCGCUCAGCGCAGACCUAAGACAGGAAGCGCAGGGGUUAAUUCACCCCCCCUCUCCACUGACCCCGCUCAGCAACUGCCGGGAUGCGAGGGGCCUGAUAACCGUGGAGGGCGAGGUGGUCGAGCUUUCCACCUUAAAAGAGGUCACGACGGGGAGAGAUGUUGUUCCCUUGCGCAACGUCACAAUGAAGCAGGGUGAAUCACAGAUGUCGCUGUGUUUCUGGAGGGAGGCGGCAAUAUGGGAGCUGCAGGUGGGAGCCCACAUUCGAGUCUCGCACCUGAAAGCUGGAAGGUCCAACUACGGGAUCAGACUCCAGUCUACAAAUUUUUCCACCAUCGAGGAGCUACGCUCAGAGGCCAUCGUGGGGGCACUCGGGGUGAUGGAGAUUGAGGGAGAGCCUGGGAACCUCAACCUUCUCCUAGAAGACGGCCGUACCGUCGUAAUUGAGGAGCGGUUGUGGGAGCCAAUUGAAAUUCUAAUGACCGACAACGUAAUAAAGGUUGUGUUCACAAUGCAUUAG